AUGGACGAAUGCAGUGGCCGCAGCGGUGGCAGAAGCAACUGUAAGCAGUUGCAGGGUGCUGAGAGCGGGGUUCUAGGGGAUAAGGGGUGCUUCGAGGGUGAGAAGAUGGUGGGGGGUAAUGUAGCGUCGUGUACGGCGAAGGAUAAUCCCAGGAAGGUUUGGACCAUGAAGAGUCGGAGGCUAAUGCGGUGGAGAUGGCGUGGAGAAAAUGAUGCGAGAGAUAAUGCCGCUGAGAGGGAGAAUGUGGUGAACGGAUACAACUUGCUAAAGGGAGCGACACGAACUCUCAAGACGGGGUGGGGGACUGUGUUGAGGCUGCGGAAGUCUGGAGACUGCGUGGUGGACGAAAACGAGCAGGACGCCAGGAAGCUGAAGGUGUUGCGGUUGUCGUCGUCUUCGACUGCGGUGGAGAGCUUUGGACGGUAUGCUGGCGGAGAUGGACGCAAGGUGUUUGAUAACAUGUCCAAUGCGACUUUAGUCAAUGACUCGGCUUUGAAUUUGACCGACACCAAUGUUCGUUCCACUGCGACUUUGUGCUCGGCGUCGCCGGUGACUCGCUAUCCCAACGGGAAUAUGAUUGCUGGUGGCAAGCUGGAAGGCAUGCACGGUUAUGAUGAGCUGCCAGAUGCGACGGAUGGUGAUGCGGUUUCCGUGGCUGAUGGAGGGGACAAGUCGUAUUCUUGGGCUAAGUCGUAUAUGUUGGGGCGGGCAAGACAUCUCCAUUACUAUGAACUGCCCCAACCGUGGAGAGAGAACCCAUAUAUUAUUUAUGGGCACCGUUUCUAUCAUUCUCAUAAAAAAUCCUUGUUAUCCAUAUUGAAUGUUUAUGGUUGGCACAAUGAAACGAUUAACAUAUGGUCUCACAUAGCUGGAGCAAUCAUUUUGUUGUAUAUUAUGUUAAGGGGAUUUCCUAAUUCUGAUGUUUUCAACUCAACGCAGGUCCCCAAAGUUGCAAAGGGGGCUAUCUAUGUUUUCUUGCUCUGUGGGAUUAAGUGUAUGGUAUCUUCAGUCAUGUGGCAUACUUUUAGUGGGACUUGCCAUCUACCUCUCCGUUCAAGAUUCAGCUGCGUGGAUUACACCGGUAUUACUAUUCUCAUUACUGCGUCUGUUAUGACUACGGAAGCGUUCACUCUCUACAGAUUGGCCCCCAAAGCCAUGUAUUUAUAUAUGGGGAUUUCUUUAUGCCUGGGUGUAUUUGCCGCAUUUACGAACUGGUCCCGCAGGUUCGAUGGGCCUGAUUCUAGGAUUUUCAGAGUCGCUUUCUAUGUCAUUUUGGCAGGACUGGGGUUGAUUUCCUUUGUGCAUUUGACAGUGCACUCUGACUGGUCUAGCUCAAGACUUAUGAUUACACCACUGAUCAACAAAAGCAUCGUGUGGUAUUUAAUUGGUGUGGUAUUUUAUGCUACGCUAGUUCCCGAGCGAUGGAGAUCUCGCAUCUUGCUCAGCCACCCUGUUCAGAAUCCUGUGGAUACGAACUUCCCUUCCUCAGAUUCCAAUAUUCCUUCAGAGAAUAUCGACAAUAUUCAUUUCAAAUCCAAACCCAAAGAAUCGGAUCAACUUGGCUUCUGGUCUCUUUGGUGGGUGGACUACUUUUGUCAUUCUCAUUUCUUGUGGCACAUCUUUGUAGUAUUGGGUGUGGUAGGCCACUACAGAGCUACAUUGGCGAUGGCUAGAAUGAACUGGUUGGAUACACCAAGCAUCCUGUGA